CACUCAUACACAGAGCGGAGCUCGUGGCCGUCCAGCUGCACAAAUAUACUGGAUACCUGUUAGCGGUGGAAACUGCAUUUUCUUUACCUUGAGAUUUUCUGCAGUAUUCUCCAAAAUGAGUAGCUCUUUCUCAGCCAAAAUGGAACUGGCUAAAGAUAUGAAGGAGGAGGAUAAGUUGUACAGAUAUAAUGGAGUGCUGUACCCUGUCGUCAUGAGUCCAGCGGAGAACCUGAAGGCUAUGGAGAGGCUGGAAGCAAGAGCAGAUGAUGUCAUGUUAGUUGCAUAUCCCAAAUGUGGUUUUAAUUGGAUGGUGGCGGUGCUUCGUAAAAUACUAGCAGCAGCAACUGGUGAGAAAGCAGAGUCCCAAACCCCUCCAUUGAUGGAGUUCUUUGGGCCAGAAAUGCAGCAGGUUAUUCACAAAGCCCCGUCCCCCAGAUUUCUAGGGACACACAUGCACCCAGAUAACAUUCCUGCAUCCUUCACCACAAAGAAAACAAAGAUGCUGGUGAUAUUCAGGAACCCGAAAGACACAGUGGUUUCCUUCUAUCACUUCUCCAACAAAAACCCAUUUCUACCCACUGCCGAGUCUUGGGACCGCUUCUUCUCAGAGUUUAUGAGUGGAAAAGUUCCCUGGGGUUCAUAUUUCGACCAUGUACUUGGCUGGGAGAGGAGAAUGGAUGACCCUAACGUGAUAAUAGUCACCUUUGAGGAGUUAAAACAGGACCUGAGUGAAGGUGUGCGAAGGGUCUCGGAGUUCUUUGGUUUCAGUCUCAGUGAUCCUCAGAUCCAGGCCAUCUCAGAGGAGAGCACCUUCAACGCUAUGAAGGAGAGCUCCAAUGACUCACACGGCCAGAUGGGCAACGUCUUGUUCAGGAAAGGUGAAGUAGGAGACUGGAAGAACCAUUUCAGCCCAGCCCAAAGCCAGGAGAUGGACACAGCAUUUGAGAAGCACCUGGCAGGGACUAAGCUGGGGGCUAAACUGAAGUAUGACCUGUACUGCAAGUAGAUAGCAGACAGGAUGAGCACUGACUGAACUUGAGACAGGACGCAAGGGAAACACUGACAGAUUAGGAAAGUUCAACCCCAACAGGCAGGAGAGCUGGUAUGCAGUAGCUAAACUGACAUAGACAAUGAGGAAUUUGGUGGUGUGACACUUGACUGUGGUUACUCCACUUGACUGUCUUACACUGCAGCCAUUCAAGGGCAUUUUUGUGAAAGUGUGAAAUGAGAUAGACAUGAUAUACUUCAUGUUGGAUUCUUUAUACACAUCUUGUAAUCCUUGUUUUUAUACCACUGCACUUUAAGUAUGUUAAUUCAAGUUGGUUCAAUGAUUGAUAUCAGCCUCCUUGUCUGUAUUUUAUGAUAUUAAGCAUUCAGUUCAGAGUAGCGGAAUUUUACUCCAGGAUCAUAUGUGCCACACAGUGUAGUUCCAUGAAUUACAUGCCACAUGGGGUGAACUAUAAUGAUCAUGUUCAAAGUCCUAGUAAGAAUGCCUUUUGACGUUGGCACUGUCUUUUGUCGUAAUGGCUAUGCUUUCCAACAAUGUGACAGGUUACAUGCAAUAAGACCAUUGGAUUGAAAUGCAUACAAUACUAGAAAAAUAUAUAUACAGUGGGGAGAACAAGUAUUUGAUACACUGCCGAUUUUGCAGGUUUUCCAAAUUACAAAGCAUGUAGAGGUCUGUAAUUUUUAUCAUAGGUACACUUCAACUGUGAGAGACGGAAUCUAAAACAAAAAUCCAGAAAAUCACUUUGUAUGAUUUUUAAGUAAUUAAACGGAAUCUAAAAACAAACCAAAUAUAUUGUGUCCUUAAAAUGUAUAUAGUGUAUGUAUGAACUGGAAGU